AAAACUGAAAUCAAAAAGGAGGAGGAGAAGGGAGGACUUUGGAGGGAAGUCAGGGAGACUGCCUGGAGGAGGUGUCCUGGGGCUCCUUCCAGAUCUGCUGUCAGCUGGUCUACUGGCUGUGUGACCAGAUAGCUGGACACUAGGUCUCUGGACUUCCUCCUGCCUGUGUCCCCAAGAGGUCCACAUCUCUGUAUCCUGCCGAAGGGCCAGAGAAAGGCUCUGUGAAUGGGGCCUGUGGGAUUUGUCCUGCCCCCAAGAGUGCAGCCUCCCCACUGAGGGAGACUUGGUGCACCAGCUUUGUCCCUCAUCUAUGCACACACACACAUACACGUACAUACAAAUUCACACACAUAUACACAUGCAUACACAUAUGCACAUGCACACAUACAUAGUUAUACACAUGUGUAAACAUGCACACACACUCAUACACACAUGUAUACACAUGUAUACACACACACACACACACAGCUCAAGUCUGGAUUUUGCAUCUCCUUUCCCAGGGGAUGGGAAAGCAGGUUCUGGGGGUGAUGGACUGCCCCACCUCUGUCUCACGUGCCAACCCACAGCUGGUUUGGAUUCCAGCUUCUGGGCUAAACGGUCUCCAGCUUACCCUUGGGGGUGUAGGGUCCUGGGUCCCCAGGUCUGUUGGGGCUCGGGUGACCCGAAAGCUCCAGGUGGGGCGCUAGUGAGCUCACUAGACUGCGGGGUGGCGGCCCUGCCGGUGUCCGCUGACACCAGCGUCAGUGCGGGAUGGAGCAACUGUCCCUCGGCCCACGAGCCCCCACCCUGCGUUGCCCACACCGCUGAACCAGAGAAGCCCACCUGGGCGCACACACGGGCCGGGUCUGACUCCCCAUCCGCAUCAAGGGAGCACCCACCCCUCCUCCCUGCCCCCACAUUAAGAGAACCGAAUAGAAAGGUCUGGGGCCAGCUGGGCACGCCCUGCGUGGAGCUGCUAGGGGGAGAGGGGGAGGAGGGCGCGCAGUGCCCAUCACGGCCACCAGGUGGCGCCCGGCACCGCUGCGCAUCCCUCCCCAGAGGUCUGCGUUUUGGGGGUGCCGGAGAGGGGCCCGACAGCCGCGCGAAGCCCACUCAGGCUCAUUCACGCGAAGUUCCUCUCACCUUCCUGAACACGGGGCCACUGUCGCAGACACACGCUCGUUCUACAAUACGGAGCUCCCCCGCCGCUCCCGGGGCCGGGGUGCAGGCCGACGCCGCAGGGAAAGGGAAUACCGUCGCUCGGGGCUCCUGCCCUCUAAGCCGCUCCCGGGGCAGGGCCGCGUGCCCAGGUCCAGCCGAGUGACCGACACCCCGGCAGGGAGGGACCCGGGAAGGCCGGGCCGCUGCAGUCUCUCCUGAGGGCAGAGAACCACCGCGAGGGGGCGCUGCCGAGCGCGGCAGGUGCGGCGGCCGCAGCACCUUAGCUCCGGGUGGGCGGGGCCGGCUGGAGGUGAGGCUGCAGGUGGAUUGGUGGGAGACUGGGACGUGCAGGGGAUGUCCAAGCCCCAGCCGCCCAGAGCUCAGCGCCCCCAGAGCUCAGUACCCCCACCCCAGAGCUCCUUGAGCCCGACCCCAGGUAAGAACAGCUGAGGCACCUGCAAGGCUGUUGCUCGGAAAGGUCCCUGGGAUGGUUGUCCCCGAAACUGUGGGAGAAGCUGGAACCACAAAUCUUCAUGGAGGGGCAGAAUCUCAUCCCAGAAGACCAGUGGGAUGGGAAAGGGAUGUUCUCAGCGCUGAAACCUCCUUGGGAGCUGGAGGUGAGCUAGUGGUCAGAUUCCUGCCUCCCCAGCCGCAGCCCCAGCCCCCCAAGCCCCAGGGCCCAGGGUGGGUGUGGACCAGCUGGGGGGCUGUUCCUUGGGACGGGAUCUCCCCCCAGUUGGGGAUUCCACUGAGGUUGGGGGGAACGCUGGGGUGUCCUUGCUGUUCUGCGGGCUUCCCUCUGCCCUGCAUGUCUUCAUGUGCCUGGGGGCGGGGGGACCCAAAGCCUCACGCAUGCGAGACAUCUGCUGCAUGAGCUGCCCGCCUGGAGAAGAAUCUUUUUACUGAAGUUUAUUUCUAAAAUAAAAGUUCUUUCUGGGACAACACCUUCAUUAUCCUCUUGCCAUACUUAUAACUUUAUUUGCAUCAUUCUCCAGCCUGCCUUUUAUGUAACAGAGCUGAGGGGGGCUCCAGAGGAUGGGGCAUCGUCCUC